GCCGAUAAGCACAACCAGCCAUUGUCGUACAAUAAAGUAUCAGUAGAUGAAAGUUAAUAUAAACUAAGAAGUAUCAUGGACUUUUCAAGUUUAAUAUCGAAAGAAAUCAACAAAAAGAGAAAGAAAGUGGGUAAAACAAAUGCAGAGAAGCCGGAGCUCAAGUCUUCGCUUGAUGAGAAACAGUUUACAACAAUCUCCGAGCCAGCCGAAGAUACAACAAAGACUACAGAGGAGCCACCACUCACCGAAGAGCAACUAGACUACAAACUAUCACAAUUUGAUCAACCUACAGACAACCUCACAACCAAAGAGAAGAUUACCAAGUUGAAACAACUACUUCGAUAUCAGAGUAGAAACGAAAAGUACAAGGAAUGGCUAGAUAAAGAAGCACCGUAUUAUCAAGACCCCACAAAACAACAGGUCACACUAGACCUCAUCUCAAAUCUACAAUCCAGAAAAGACAAAGUAAAUGUUCUCGCUCGAGUAUAUAUCAAGGAAAUGAUCAAGUCAUGGCAGGAUUGCAAUGAAGCACAUCCGCUGGAUCAACAAACCGCGCUACUUUUCGAAACCAAACGAGAUAUAGUACCGUUAUUAUACGGAUUAAGAACAGGAGAGCUCUCGGAAGACAUUCUAACUUCAUUAACUACUAUAAUAUACUACAUCCAGCAAAAAGACUAUCGUCGUGCUAACGAAAGCUAUAUGAAGUUAAGUAUAGGUAAUGUCGCUUGGCCCAUUGGUGUGCUUAACGUGGGGAUCCAUGCUAGAAGUGCAGCAGAGAGAAUCACCGGUCAAAAAAAACAAGCUAAUAUUAUGAUUGAUGAUAAAACGAGACGAUGGAUAACUAGUAUCAAGCGGUUAAUUACUGCCAAGGAGAGAAUUGAUAAUGGAUCAGGUCACGUGGAGGAAUGA